AGGUAGGCACAAAGACGGCGACGAAAGGCUUCGGGAUGUCCUCGCACAUCCUCCGCUAUGACGACGAACACUCCCGAAUCAUGACCACGGCGCAAACACUCUCCGCGCAUACUACGAAACGCCAGCAGUCACCACCGCUAUGCCCGACCGACGACGAUGCGAUCAUCCCGCAGAAGGAGAAAACGGCGGGCAGCGCAGCCGGCGCAAAGACAUCGACAAAGAAGGUGGAUAAGCAGACCCCGGAAUACCUAGUCAAGAGCGGGCUUGCCGGGGGCAUGGCGGGAUGCGCUGCAAAAACUGUCGUGGGCCCCCUCGACCGCGUAAAGAUUCUCUUCCAGACAGGCAAUCCGUUGUUUGCAAAGUACGCAGGCCACUGGUCCGGUCUCCCCGCCGCGGUGCGUGAGAUAUACGGCCAGAAUGGAAUACCGGGGCUGUUUAAGGGCCAUUCCGCAACCCUCCUCCGCAUCUUCCCCUACGCCGGCAUUAAAUUCCUUGCCUACGAACAAAUCCGCCAUAUCGUCAUAAACGGGCGGCACCAAGAAACACCUGCGCGCCGAUUUAUCUCAGGUUCCCUCGCAGGCAUGUGCUCUGUAUUCUUCACCUACCCGCUCGAAGUGAUCCGCGUACGCUUAGCCUUCGAAACCCGGCAACAGCAAAGAAGCACACUAAGAUCCAUAUGUCGCUUGAUAUACAACGAGCAUCCACGGCCCACGGCCCACCAUCCAAACAACCCUCUCACUGCCGCAGCAGCCACGGUAGUUGAGAAAGCCGCCCCAAGAACCGGUCUGGCGAACUUCUUCCGUGGCUUUAGUCCCACGCUGCUCGGCAUGGUACCGUACGCCGGCGCCUCUUUUCUCGCCCACGACUCGAUGUCCGAUCUAAUGCGGCACCCGUCCCUCGCACCCUACACCACGCUCCCGCACACUUCGCGCGAAGAAACCACAACCUCGUCACACAAACCCGCGCAACUACGCUACUGGGCCGAGCUCAGCACAGGUGGCUUCGCCGGCUUCAUCUCGCAAACGGUAUCCUACCCUUUAGAGGUCAUAAGACGGCGCAUGCAAGUUGGCGGCGUCAUAGGAGACGGACAUCGGCUCAGCAUCCCGGAAGUAACGAGGAGGAUACACAUGGAGAAGGGCUGGAGGGGGUUCUUUGUCGGGCUCACGAUUGGCUACGUGAAGGUGAUCCCGAUGGUGGCGACAAGUUUCUUUGUGUAUGAGAGGGGGAAGUACUACCUAGGAAUAUGAGCUGGCAUUGAAGCGUAGAGAUGGAAGGGGUGAAGUUGCACUUUGAAUUAGCACGGGAAGCAUUGGCGUUCGUCGGGCGUAUUUGACACAGCACUUUUUGGGUGCGUUUGGCAUAGCAUAUUUAGCACUGAGCCGAGGUUAUGCGUUGAGAAGAACUCUGGGAUGCAGAGCUGUGCAUAUACGUCACACGCAGCAGCACAUUUCUUGGACGGAAGAAAGCGUUAAAGCAGAUAUUCAUACAUAAGCAAGUCCAUAUUUCAUUUGAGCGUCAAGACUAGCAAAGUAUCCAUAUCUCGUUGACUAUAACUAGGU